GACGCAACGGGGCGCUUUGGUGACUACAAUUUUGGAGGCAGCGGAGAGGAGGAGGAAGAGGAGGGAUCCACUGGGAUCUACCCAGCCUGAGAAGCAGCAUCAGUGAAGCAGGAAGGCCACCUGUGAAGACUGAAGUCAGGGAGGACCGUCCACAUGCCUCCAGCAGCAGGAGAAAAGGAGUGUGACUUGGCCAUGGGCGAGUACCACAUCCGCAGCUAUGAGGACAGAGACCACGAGGCUGCCUGCACCAUGUUCUCCCAAGGCAUCACCGAGCAUGUGUCUGCUGGCUGCCGGCAUCUUCUGAGCUGUCCCCAGACGCAUCUGCUGCUGUUGGGUGUGUUCCUCAUAACCUACACAGUCUCUGCCUCCCUCCUCUUCUCCUUUGGAGCGGUGUCUGCUCUCUUGGCCACAGGCUUGAUUUUCAUGAAGGCUGCCUGGACUGAUUACGUCCGGGAAGCCUUGGAAAAAGACAUGCUGGACAUCCGGAGAACCUACUUGGAACCAAAGGACUGCCACUUCUGGGUGGCGGAGUGUGGGGAGGAAGUGGUGGGGAUUGUUGCUGCCGUCCAUCCAGAAGACCCUUCUCUGCGGGGACAAGCACUGGAGCUGAAGCGCAUGUCAGUCAAGAAGGCGCACCGAGGCCGUGGCAUCUCCAAGGCCCUCACCAGGACUGUCAUCCUCUUUGCCCAGGAGAGGGGGUAUAAGGAGGUUGUGCUGGGCACCUCUAUGGUGCAAUAUGCGGCUCAGCGGUUGUACGAGGGCAUGGGCUUCCGCAGAGUCAAGGAAUUAUACCCAUCCUUUGUGGCGAAGCUGCUGCAGUUUCACGUCUACAUCUAUCGUUAUGAGGUCCCAGGACCUCACUGACCAGCACACUCUUUUUCCAUAAAGCCAGGGAGUGGGUACGGAGAGAAGCUGGUGGCCUGCUUCUUUGGCAUGGGAGCACACUGACCUUUGGCAGCCUUUGUGGAAUACAUAGGAGUCCCCAGGGCCAAACUGCACACACACAUACCCAAAAUGUGUUCCAUGUGGUGGGUGCCACAGCGUUUAAAAUACCAGUGAGGACUUUGAGGGUUGCUGUGAACAACCCCAAGGAUCUUACACAGCAUGACAUGCAAUUCCUACUCUUGGGGGAACUCUAAAAAGUUUAUCAUACCAGCCAUCGUUCUAUCAACUUUCAGCCUCAUUGAUUCUGGUUGGGCUAACCAGGCUGCCCAUUCGCUUCUUCCCCUAUCAUCCUCUCACCCCUCUUUCUUCCCACCAAACCUGGCCUCUUCUCUUUCUUUCCUGACUUGGUAUUCCCCUUCUUGUUUUGUUUUCCAAUGACAGUCUAGUUAUAAAAUGCCCUCCCGUUGGAGGUCCACCUGGAUCCAUAUUGGUGGCACAUAUAAAAACACAGCUUUUCAUUAAAGCCUUUGGGUGGCUAACUAUUCUAAUACAGAAUCAUAGAGUUGGAAGAGUGCCCAAGGCUGUCCAGUCCAACCCUCUGCUAUGCAGGAAUACACAAUCAAAGCACCCCCAAGAGAUGGCCAUCCAGCCUUCUGUUUAAAG